CGAUCAAAAAUUUUUUUGAGAAUAUUGAACGCAGGGAUAGGAGAAGGGCAAUCCACCAUAAGGCCGCCAUUUUUUGAUGGAACAAAUUACUCCUAUUGGAAGGAGCGAAUGAGGAUUUUUGUUCAAUCAAACGACUUCAAAAUUUGGCUUGCUAUCAAGAAUGGAGAUAGCUUGCCGAUGAAGAAGAUAGGUGAUACACUCACCCCGAAGGACGAGGAUGAAUAUGAUGAAGCCGACUUUAAGAAGGCUCAAUUAAAUGCCACCACCAUCAACUUCUUGUAUUGUGCUGUCAAUGCCAACGAUUAUCAAAAGAUAUCUCGUUGCCAAACCGCCAACCAAAUGUGGAACAAGUUCAUGAUCACAUACGAAGAGGACAUGUUUGGAAGAUUUUCAAACAUCGUCUACGACCUUGAUAUGCUUGGAAAGACGCUAACCGACAAGGAGUUAGUGAGGAAAAUCUUGCGAAGUCUUACCAAGGAAUGGGAGUCAAAGGUUAACUCCAUCUACGAAGGCCGAGAUUACAACGUUAUCACAUACGACGGUGUCCAAGCGAAGGAUCCGCUUCAUGGCCGUGAGAUGCACGUCCCUAGGUGCAUGGAGGUGAAGGCAAAGCUGCUGGACGUCAUAAGUGAUGUCACGUCGAGAGACCAUCCUAGCCCGCUCGAGGAUGUCAUGGAUAAACUGAGUCUGAUGGAGGAACAUCCCAGUGGAGGUGCGAUGGACAUUGAUGCCGAGGAAGAAAUGGGAUAUGCGGGUGGGGGAGGCGGGCUGGACAGGGGGGUUGGGCUGGGGUGUGACGCUGCCAGUGGGUCUGGCAGUGGGAUUUUGAGAAGAGACGGGUGGGGUGGUAUUGCCAUCAUGGGUUUGUCGUUGCUUGGAGCCGUUUUGACGUCCACAUCCACGACCCCGAUUUCCGCCGCCACGUCCUUGCCCUCGUCCAAAGCCUCCGCGAUGUCCCGGGUUGCCAUCACCGUAGCUGCUGCCGCCGUGCUGUCCACCAUAGUCGCUGCCGCCGUGUGUCCCACCGUGGAGUUGACCGCCGGCUCGGGUAGUGAGCAGGGCCGUGCUGCCGGUGUCAACGGGAUUGGACUGUUGGCGAUCCAAGAGCAUGAGAGCCGAUCGAACUUGAAGAAAAUUUGGCAUCGGAUCCUGAAACUGCAUGAACGAGGUUUGAGCCUGAAGAUCUGCGGGAAGCCCUCGGAGCAUCUGGAGGACCAGUUGGUGUUGAGAGACUGGUGCAUCGACGUCAUCCAACCAGUCUGCAAGGUUUUGGAGUUGCUGGCAAUAGGCCGCCAUGGGGGUAGAGCCCUUGACGGUGGUGCGGAAUUCAUGUUCUAACUGCAUGGCCCGGGCGUGUUUAUUGUCGUGAAAUAGGUCGUGGAUGACCUUCCAGAGAGCUGAAGCAGUGGUGAGAAAAGAGAUGACCAGAUCAGAGACUUCAUCGGUGAUGGUGGAGAGAAUCCAACCCUGGAGAAGGGCAUCGAGUUGGCACCAUUCGUCGUCGUCUUCGGAGAGGGGGACGACAGAUCCAUCGAGGUAUCCCUG